UUCAGGCGAGCCAAUCCUGCUGCACCCCCGCCUCUCCCACCCCGCCCAUCCGGGGGUCCCCCCCGUCCCCGCCCCGGCCGGGGGCCGUGCGUGCUGACGUCACGCGCGUGCGGGCCGGUGCGGACUUGCCUCCCGGCUGGCCGGGAGUCAGUGCGCGGGAGCUGAGCUGAGCGACCCUAGUCCUCGGCCCGUAAACGCCGCUCGCCUCGCUCUGCAUGGUGGAUCUGCUUCUCCAGUGUCCUUUCCCGGGUGCUAUGGGGGACCCCUCCAAGAAGAAGCCCGGGACGGCUAUGUGCGUGGGCUGCGGGAGUCAAAUCCACGACCAGUUCAUCCUGCGCGUGUCACCUGAUCUCGAGUGGCAUGCUGCCUGCCUCAAGUGUGCUGAGUGCAGCCAGUACCUGGACGAGACGUGCACGUGCUUCGUGCGAGACGGGAAGACCUACUGCAAGCGGGACUAUGCGCGGCUCUUCGGCAUCAAGUGCGCCAAGUGCCAGGUGGGCUUCAGCAGCAGCGACCUGGUGAUGCGCGCACGCGAUAGUGUGUUCCACGUGGAAUGCUUCCGCUGCGCAGUGUGCAGCCGCCAGCUGCUGCCUGGGGAUGAGUUCUCACUGCGGGAGCACGAGCUGCUGUGCCGCGCCGACCACGGGCUCCUGCUCGAGCGCGCUGCGGCCGGUAGCCCGCGCAGCCCCGGCCCGAUCCCUGGAGCGCGCGCCCUGCACCUGCCAGAUCCCGCGUCUGGCCGGCAGCCCGCGCUGCGCCCGCACGUGCAUAAGCAGGCGGAGAAAACGACGCGGGUGCGGACCGUGCUGAACGAGAAGCAGCUGCACACGCUGCGGACCUGCUACGCCGCCAACCCGCGGCCCGACGCGCUCAUGAAGGAGCAGCUGGUGGAGAUGACCGGGUUGAGCCCGCGCGUCAUCCGCGUCUGGUUCCAGAACAAGCGCUGCAAGGACAAGAAGAAGUCGAUCCUCAUGAAGCAGCUGCAGCAGCAGCAGCACAACGACAAGACGAGCCUCCAGGGCCUGACCGGGACGCCGCUGGUGGCCGGUAGCCCCAUCCGACACGACAGCGCCGUGCAGGGCAGCGCCGUGGAGGUGCAGACGUUCCAGCCUCCCUGGAAGGCGCUCAGCGAGUUCGCGCUGCAGAGUGACCUGGACCAGCCGGCCUUCCAGCAGCUGGUCUCCUUCUCCGAGUCUGGCUCCCUGGGCAACUCCUCCGGCAGCGACGUGACCUCCCUGUCCUCGCAGCUCCCGGACACCCCCAACAGUAUGGUGCCGAGCCCCGUGGAGACGUGAGCGGACCCCCGCCGGACCUCGCAUGCACCCCGCAUGAGACCCAGCUCAGGCCAUGCCAGCUCGAGUCCUGUCUCCGUCAUCAUUGAGAGCGGACCGAGGGGAAAACCCCACCGUCAGGCCUGCGAAGCGCCAGGACAUUGCCUGCCUGCAGCCAGUCGGAGACCCCGCUCCCAGGACUUUUUAUUUUUUCCAAAACCAGAACCUGGGAUCCACCAGGGUUAGCGCUGCCCCUCCCUUCCCGUGCUCCUCGAGGCCCCGCCCACAUGCGGACCGCUUGGAGAACAGCGGUCCCUGAGGUCCCAGAGGAGCAGACACGUGGCCCCACGCGCAUGAUUGCUGGAAAAGUAGGACUGGACUUUCCUUACACGCGUGUUAAAUUAUCAGUCGACGGAGGACAGAGUGUGAGCCUUUGCCGAACAAACGUAAGUUAUUGUUAUUUAUUGUGAGAACAACCAGUUCAUAGUGGACGAAUAUUUUGAUCUUAAUAAAAAAUGAU